AUGUUAAAACUCAGCAGCAUAUUAAUCUUGCUCUCUCUCUUGUAUUUUCAUCACACGUUUUCCACAGCAACAAAACCUUCCUCUAACACCAAUCAUACAAACACAGCUAACGAUGAUGACGUCACCAAUUUCAUCAAAGCCGAAUGCCGAGCCGCCACUCUCUACCCAUCUCUCUGCAUCCAGUGUCUCUCUACUUACACCUCCACCACAACCCCGCUGAGCAGCCAUAAGCAGCUGGCUCAAGCCGCUCUGUCGGUCAGCUUAUCCAGGGCUCGAUCCGCGGCUACCUUCAUCUCCAAGGCGGCUCGGAUUAGGGGCUUGAAGCCGAUGGAGUACCGAGCCGUGAAAGACUGCGUGGAAAACAUGGCUAGCACGGUGGAACAGCUGAGCCGAGCAGUGAAGGAGCUCGGCGGCUGGAGUGGGACCCACCACCAGGUGGACUUCAACUGGCACGAAAGCAACGUCGAGUCGUGGGUUGGGGCGGCCCUCACUUUUCAGAACACGUGCCUCGAUGGAUUUUCGAGCACCGUGAUUGGUGGAAGUGUUGAGGUUGCUGUGAGGGUGAGGGUAAUUGAUUGUGCACAAGUCACCAGCAAUGCUCUGGCGUUGGUCCAUCGAUAUGCAGCCAAGCAUAAAUUAGUUAGUACUACUUCAUCACAGAGUACUGUCAACACGCCUUAG